AAACACAACUACGCUUCUCCUAUGCCUUUAUACAGAGAAGACAACUUUUUGGUGGUUCAUCCGGGAAGUGAACAUACCUUGUUCCUGUUCGGGUUGCAAGACUCCUUGAGUCCCCCCGAGUACAAAAUCCCUUCUGUGGUGUAUCAGAACCCCGUGUCGAAGGAGUACCUGGCUAAGAAGCCUGAAGACUCCAUUGAGGAACUCAGUGAAAUACAUCCAAUCAAGGGCAGUAAAAUCGUCGACUUUGAAGCCUUCAAGUACUUGCUCAAGACAGUGUUACACAGCAUAAUCGCCAGUAACCCCAUCAUCACCAUCAAUCAGAUUCCCUUGUUGUUGGUGAUUCCAUCCGUCAGCUGGUCCAGAUUACAGCUAGAGUCCAUCACCAAAUACGUGAUUGAGUCGUUGGAAUUCUCUGCCUUUAAUGUUUUGGACUUAUCUAUAGCCGCCAACUUUGGAAUCGGCAACGGGACCAACUCUUUGGUGGUGAAUCUCGGGAAAGACGCUACUCAGGUUUCAGCCAUUGUCAAUUGUCAAAACAUAAAGUUCGCCAGCAAAUUCUUGGACGUCGGUAGUGAACUUAUCAACCAGGAGUUGGCCAAGUUGUUGCCUAACUUCACUGCCACGCAGAUCGAGGCCUUGAAGACGUCAAAUAUUUUCGAAGUGGUGGUCAACGACGACGAGUCUUUCUACUCCAGAAGCGAUUUGAAACAGCCAGUUGAUGACAACUUUGACGUUGCCAAGAUCGUUGUGGAAGGAGAAAAUGGGGUUGGUAAGACCGAAGAAGAAUCCGAAACAACGCUUCCAAACCAGCAAUUGGAAAAGAACACUUUCACUGACCCAGAAACAAGUGAAAAAGUCGUUGUUGGUAAAGAAAGAUUCCAGGGAACAGAAAAGUUGGUGGGCAUAUUAUCAAAGACUAUCUACAAUGUGUUGGAACAAAUCCCUGACUUGGAAAGAAAGCAGGAAUGCUACAACAACUUGAUCUUUGUGGGGUCCACCUUCAAGAUCCCUGGGUUUAAAGACGCUUUACUCACAAAGCUUCACGAAGACGUUUUGAUCAGAACCCCAAGUCAACAGGCUGCCAACGAAGCCAGUGGAAUCAACUCAGCCAUUGCUGCCUACCAACAGGCGGAAGAAGUCGCAGAGCCCACCGAAGGAGAGUUUGUGAUAGCACAGGUUCCUACCGCCUUGAGAACUGCCAAGUAUCCAGAGUAUUUUCCUGAAUGGAAGAAACCCAAGGAAUUGGGAGGAUCUUGGGAAAACGUCUUCUUCUUGGGAGGACAAAUCUACGCUAAGCAAAUCUUUGGGGGCAAUUCCAACAUUAAUGGUGAGUUCUUUGUGGACUCUACUGUUUAUUCAGAAUCUGGCCCUCAAGCUAUUUGGAAUGCUGCUAUUUAGUGUGUAUAAUUAUCAAAAGAGAAGAAUUUCUUCUCAUCUGUAAAGAUAGAAUAUAAAAAAUACAAACG